AUGUCCACAUUUGGCCCUUCCCCCUCAAACAGUAACCAAACCUCCACUCUCUCCUUCCUCACCCGAAACCACACUCUUAGCAGCCGCCAACCCCGCAAACCAAAAACAAGCAUCACAAAGACUAAUUCAAGCUUUGUUCAGAGAAUUAUCACCAACGACCAACUUGCCAAAAUUCUAAUGGCUCGUACUAGUGAAGACACCAAUUUAUUUUACAAUUGUGGAUCAAACUUUGUUUGGAUGGACGCCUUUGGCCAUCCAAAGGAACCCUUGUCUAGGAUUAUAUUCACCCGAGCAUACCCUACUGCUCAUGAUGUAAACUUAUUGACGCGUGGAUCAGACCAUUUGGAUAUAAUCAUUGGAUUUUCGUCAGGAGAUAUUAUCUGGUUUGAUCCACUUUGCAAUAAAUAUGGCAGAAUCAACAAGAAUGGUAUUAUGAAUUCAUCUUCGAUUACCAUGAUCCGAUGGCUGCAAGGAUCAGAAAGCGCUUUUAUGGCUGCGUUUCAGGAUGGAUCAAUUAUGCUCUUUGAUAAGGAAAAGGAAGACGAGCACUUUGAUCCAACUGACACCGAUUCUUAUCACACGUACACUACAACACCUUCAGGUCCUUCUACCCUCUUUGAUAAGCAGACAUUCUCGGUUACAAAGUUGCCACACAAGUCUGCUCACAAAUGUAAUCCAUCUUCAUAUUGGAAAUUAUCUCAACAGCCCAUUACAGCCUUCGCAUUCUCGCCCGACUGUCAACAUGUAGCUGUGGUUGGUCUUGAUGGUCUGCUGAGAGUCAUUAAUUUCGUCUGUGAGAGAUUGUAUGAUAUAUACCAAUCAUACUACGGAGGUCUUACUUGCGUUGCAUGGAGUCCUGAUGGGCGAUAUAUUUUGACAGGUGGACAAGACGAUUUGGUAACCUUGUGGGCAUUUAGAGAACAACGGAUUAUUGCACGCUGUCAGGGACACCACUCAUGGGUAACAGGUGUUGCGUUUGAUCCUUGGAGAUGUGAUGAGAAAGUCUAUCGAUUUGCAAGUGUGGGAGAAGAUGCGCGAUUAAUUCUCUGGGAUUUCUCGGUCCAAGCUCUACAUCUUCCAAAGACAAAACCAAACACACGCCAUCGUGGUGCAUCAGUGUCAUCUGUGAAUCCUGCCCCUAGCAUUUAUGGUUCAUCACAAGAUCGCCCAGUGCUUGUACACCCUCCACUUUCCAAGACAGAAGUAGCUCUACUACAGCCUACAAUGGUCAAGAUAGUUCAUGCUGAUCCAUGUACAGGUGUCUACUUUCGCGAAGAUGUCAUUGUCACAACAGAUAAAAGAGGUCGAGUUGGUCUGUGGCAACGACCUCCCACUCCUCCUCCUCCCCAUCCUUCCUCCAGUUCCUCCAACUCUUCUUAAUUCUUUAAUUCUUAUUACUUUUAUAUUUAUUUAUUUUUAAAACUUUCUUUAUUUUUAUUUUGCUUUCGUUCAGUUUAGUUUUAUUUAAUGUGUAGAUCAACUAAAUAUCUUUUAUAUGCCAUG